GCCUCAGUGAGCGAGUGACAGCAGUGUGAAUCGGACGGCAGUUUCUAGUGGAAGCGCUGAAGAGAGAAAUAAAAGAGGCUGUUUGUGAAAGAAAAGUGGCCGUUUUUUCCUUAUCUUUCUUUUCCUACGUUCCUAGAGAUUUGGCUGAAAGUUUUUCACAACCACCGUCGGUGGCGUCGUAAAAGUCGUUAAAGUUUCGGUGUCAUCCAGUGUGUGUGUGUCGGGUUUCGAGUGUCGAGAGGAAGGAACUAUUUCGUGCCUGACGGAGAUUCGUGUGUUGUCUUGUUCUUUGUGUACGAAGUUUUCGGAGUUUCCUGUCGUAAAAAGCGAUGAGACUAGUGUCUGAAUUCUACAAUGAGAGUAUCGAACCAUCACUAGGAGGAAUCACAAAGCCACUAACACAACAACAACAACAGCAGCAGUACGUUACCGUGGAAAGCCUGACACCGUGGGGUUCCCGAGACUGCAGUAGCAACCGUCCCAGACCAGCCGACUACAGCCAAUUCCAGUUUGUGGACGGUCCCCGGUUCGAGUCGAGUCCGUUCGCAUGUGAUGAUCAGAUCAACCAGCGGUUUGUAAUUUGGGAAGGUGACAUUUCGCUGCUGGCAGUCGAUGCAAUUACCAAUACCACCGAUGAAACGCUGACCGAGAAGAAUAGAAUUUCGAAAAGGAUUUUUGGCCGAGCUGGUGCUGCCUUGACUUCCGCCGUGGUGCAUGACGUUGGAAGAUGCAAAACCGGUGAAGUUUGCGUAACACCAGGAUUCUUUCUGCCUGCGAAGCACAUCAUCCACACCGUUGGACCCGUCUACCGAGAAAAGUAUCGGACCGCGUCCGAGAGUACGUUGCAUUCUUGUUAUCGAAACGUUUUGUACAAAGCGAAGGAACUAGGAUUAAGAACCGUUGCUUUAUGUGAUAUUAGCUCAGUGCAGAGAAACUUCCCACCAGACACCGCUGCACACAUAGCGCUUAGAACCAUCCGUCGUUUUCUGGAGCAAUACCGAGCCGAGAUUGUGAUAGUUUGCCUUGACCCGAAUGAGCGUGGCAUCUACGAGGUACUAGCGCCGCUCUACUUUCCACGUGACCUGCUCGAGGAACGAAGUGCCCUGUGGCAGCUGCCGAAGGACAUCGGCGGCACGUAUGGUGAACCGCAGCUAGCCGAUCGUCAGAUCCGCAUCAUUCGCAAUCCGCAGCAUUCCGUCAUGAUCGAAGCUGACGACGAUUCCGACACCUGCCCACACGAUUUGGAAAUGGGUUCCGAUUUGGAGUACAACAACAUCAAUCUAAGCCUUUCCUCUCAUAUGGGUGGUGGACAGCAUUCAUUUACGCAUAUGCAGGGUGAUCUCGACCGCGAGCGACUCCUAGGCGAUCGUCCACGGAUGGUGUACGAAAGUGUGCUGGACGAUGGCUUGGAAGGAAUAGAACACCAAGAAAGUUCACCGUUACUGGUGGAUUGUGAGACCACCGAAACGUACUGCCCGGACGCAAUCGGUCAUGUUCUGGCGACGCACAUCGGCAAACGGACCCGCAUCCUGGACGGGUCCUUUACCUAUGUCGAACUGAUGAAGCACUACAGCUCCUCGCUCGACGAUCCGGACUGGCACAAGGAGAAUCUAUACGAGCGACUACUGCGUCGAGCGAAAUCGGAAGAUCUGUCCGAGGUAUCCGGCAUCGGUUGUUUGUAUCAGAGUGGCGUCGAUCGGCUUGGGCGACCAGUCGUGGUCUUCUGUGGCAAAUGGUUCCCUGCUCAUAAUAUCGACCUGGAAAAGGCCCUGCUCUACCUGAUAUACCUGCUGGAUCCGAUUGUGAAAGGCGAUUACGUGAUUGCCUAUUUCCACACCCUGACCAGCUCGAACAAUUACCCAUCGUUGCAGUGGUUGAAGGAUGUCUACAGCAUACUGCCGUACAAAUACAAGAAGAACCUGAAAGCAUUCUACAUCGUCCACCCGACGUUCUGGACUAAGAUGAUGACCUGGUGGUUCACGACGUUUAUGGCGCCUGCCAUCAAGGCGAAAGUUCACUCGCUGCCGGGUGUUGAGCAUCUGUAUUCCGCCAUCGCCAAGGAUCAGCUGGAAAUACCUGCCUACAUUACGGAGUACGAUAUGGCGACGAACGGAAUUCAUUACUUCCAACCGGUAACCAACGCAUCAUCGCCCGCAUCCUAAGAACUCAAACCAACAGCCAACGGAUGCCAGCACUGAGGGCGUUGCGAAGUCAUGCUCCUCACCCGGAUCCUCGAAUUUUCCCGAUUCUUCAAACAAGCAACCAAGUUUCCGAAUCGAGGAAAAGCAAACAUCGAUCAAUCUUGUAUCUCGUCGUAGUUGUAAUACAUUUUUUCACUCGUUCCUCACACUUUGUAUCGAAUCACAGUAAAUCAGCAUUUAGACGUUCAUUCCCAUUGUUUCCUCCUUCCCCUUUUCCCAUUGUACGUGGGCGAUAUUUGCUUCAUCUAGAAUGUAGCUUAAUCAACUUACAAAAGAAAAAAAACACAACUGUUCUAAACGAAACAAGAUGAAACCUAUUUGCUUCCUUUCCACCGUUUAACAACCUGUUGAUAAAAAAUUGAAUACGACGAAUAAACGUCGAUAUAUUUAGAGCCUGAUGAAGAGAGAAAAAACACGUGAAAAAAAGUGAAGAAGAUACAACAAAUCUGUAGCUAACAAAAAUAUUAUUCUUAAUGCUUUACUGAGACUAUGGUUAAAAAGUAUAUACAUUUAACAAAACAAGGAAAAAGGGUUAUUACAUUGAAAAAUAGAAGAAAAAACGCAAGAUGCUGAAAUGCGACAAAUCGCGAUGGAAUAAAAAUUGUUACGUAGAAGAGUGAACCUCACACCCGAAAGAGGUUCCAAAAGGCUAGAGAAAACUUUAUGCUGCUAUGCGGCUUUUUUUUGUAGAACAAGCUUGACAUAGCCGAGGACAGCACAGGUAUAAAACAGCAUUUCCCGGCGCUUAUUACUCACACUUGUGUACAGAAAACCCACACACACAACACACGUACCCUCAGAUGAAAGAGAUGAAAUCAAUCACAAAGCCUAGACAAAUCCCAGAUAAGCCGAUUUAUUGAUGCGCCGAAGCAUGCUUUCUUAUCAACAGCAAAAACCGCAACAAUAACAAGUAGCAAACAGAAGAAAAAGUGCCACCCGUGGGCGAAAUUAACUGCAAGAUGCAACCCGGUAACGAGCAAAGCAUAAAGAAAGAAAGAAAGAAAGGGUUAGAGGAAAAUCGCCAAAAUUAUGAAGCAAUUUCUUGAGAGAGGCCAUUUUUAGGAAGCCGUUCAUUAAGUUUAUUGUUACUGGUAGCGAAGUAGAAGACAUUAAAGAAAAAAAAAACGUUGAAAAUCGGAAGCGAGUGCCAAUUAGUGGAAAAGGAUCGAUCAGCCGAAUGUUUGGAAGCAAAACAGGAAACCAAAAUUUCAAAAUCAAUUAGUUUAGUUCGCUCACAAAUUAUGCUUUGUUCUGAAUUGGCUCGGGAAACAAGUCCGGUGACGUACUUAAACAAUGGCACACGAAUCUAAACUCAACCCAAUUUUGAUCUUAACUGUUGUCAAAUAUACGAGUUUAAUCGCAGUUGGAAUCGGCAUUGGGUUAGUUAGGAAAAAUCUGCCUUUUGUUCCGGAAAUCUUCAUCAUCGCCGAUGAUGUUAACUAAAAAUUCAUUACCGCAGCUAGUAAUCGGUCUGUUUCUAGUGAAAUCAUGAAACUAUGUUGUUUGUUCAGAUUCUAAUUAUUGUAAUACAGUUUACAGUUGAUUACCGCCAUUCGAGCGAGUGUAAGUUUUCUCAAUUUUGUAUCGUCUAUUCCGAGUGGGUGUGUUAUCUAAACGAAAGACUCUUGUUUUAGUUUAAGAAGAUUAUAGGUUUAAACAAAAAAAAAAACAUGCGUUAUCGCUACUGCUAUACAGUAUACGUAUACAUAAUAUAUACAUUUACUUAUUGAACUAAAACACCCAUAACUGAAACAACUAAAACAACAACAAUAUAUUACUGAAACAACCACAGGGCUGUUAUGAAAAGUGAAACCCCGAAGCAGGCAAAGAAAAGAGUUCGGUGUCCGAGCGGAAAAAUUGUGAAGUAUUGUUAUAAAUAAUUGAAAAAAUUUGGAUAUUAAGCUGGAGUACAGAAAAAAAUGAUAGAAAAUCGUGCAAAAAAAACACAUUAUUAGAUUAGCAGUACUUUGAAAUGUUCUUAUUUCGCGAAAAUCAACCAAAGUAAGAUGAAAGAAAUACAUAACAAUUGUUGGAAAUUUUUUGAGACGAA